AUGGGAGUUAGGCCUCCUAAUUCCCUUUCCCCUUCCCUUGUUAAUUCCCAAGUCCAUGAACCAAUCAAAAGAUUUUUAGUCCCAGCCACCUUAAAUUCUCAUUUCCUAGCUCCAACUCCCCCCAAACAAACAGGCUACGGGUUAGAGAGGGAGAGAGGGACCGGAGAUGCGCCGGCUGCCGCCCCGCCGGUCGAGUGUCAAGGCAGCCCAUCUCCCUCUUCGCGCCAUCGCCAUCUAAGCCUCCCUAUGAGGACAGCGUGGUGUUCCAGAAGAGGCACACAAAUAAGCAGCUCUUUUUCGAGCUGCAAUUCGGAACCGAAGCGGCUCCUUUUCGAGCUGCAAUCAGCAAUCAAGCAGCUCCUAUCCGAGCUGCAAUUCGACAUCGACGCGGCUCCCCACCGAGCUCUAAUCCGAUUUCGACCCCCUUCCUGUGUAGAUCACGGAAGGGGAUCGAGUCCGUCUCGUGUUCAGUCUGCGAGGUGCAGUCGGAGGCGCAAACGAAGCCAAUAUAAAUUGGCCAGUCGGCCCGACCGGAAGCCAACAUGUCUCAGACGAGACCAGCGAUUCCCCAGCCAGGUUGACGGUCGCCUACCUUCUCCGGCGACCGGCGGCCGCCAAUUCUUAUCGCAUCUUGGCAGAUCUACCCGGAGCCAUGGGGGUUUUUUGUUUUCAUCAAAGAUGCCAAAAAUUGACAUCUUUUAG